CCUUGCCGCCAUUUUGUUGUGGCCGCCGGGCGGGCUGUUUCCGGGUUGGAAGGCCCUCAGCAGAGAGACCUUCUGAAGGAAGCUGACUACGGGAAUUGCAACCCUGGAAGGAUGCUGAGAAUGUGGUUAAACAAGUUUGGAGGAAAGCUUCAAACCGGUUUUAAGUUGAUGAGUGACCAAAAGUUAUCUUUACGCUGAGCCAGCAGGGAGUGGGACGAAGAUGCCAAUACCACCUCCCCCUCCCCCUCCCCCUGGACCACCCCCACCUCCGACUCUCAAUCAGGCUAACAUAGACCCUCCAAAAUUGAGCAGGGAUGAACAGCGAGGGAGGGGAGCCCUGUUACAAGAUAUCUGUAAGGGAGCCAAGUUGAAAAAAGUGACCCAAGUCAAUGACCGGAGUGCACCCAUCAUUGAGAAAUCCAAGGGCGGUGGUGGCUACAGCUCUGGUGCAUCUCCCCUGCAACCGAGAGGGGGCUUAUUUCAAGGUGGUGUCCCUAAGCUCAGACCAGUGGGAGUAAAGGACAAUUCAGACAGUCCCUCAGGGAAGCAGUCACUGCAGGUUCCUGGGACCAGAUCAGUUGCACCACGGCCUGCUGUUUCCUCCUCUAGCAGCCGGCACCAAGAUGACGCAGAUAAUAACCGGGCUUCUCCCCCUGAGCUUCCACGUACACAGAGACCUUCUUUACCUGAUCUCUCACGGCCUAAUAGUGCUAGCAGUGCUGGCAUGAAACAUAGUUCAUCAGCUCCACCGCCUCCACCACCUGGACGUCGAGCCAAUGCACCUCCUGCUCCUCCUUCCAUGCACAACAGCAAAGUACCUUCCUACAACCGUGAGAAGCCAUUGCCACCAACUCCAGGGCAGCGGCUUCCAGGGAAUCGGGAAGGCCCCCCAGCUCCUCCCCCCAUCAAGCCACCUCCUUCUCCAGUGAACCUCCGAACGGGACCAAGCAGCCAGGGCCAGUCUCUGGCACCACCUCCUCCACCUUACCGGCAGCCCCCUGGUGUCCCCAAUGGUCCAGCCAGCCCCACCAAUGAGUCAGCCCCUGAGCUUCCACAGAGACACAAUUCCUUGCAUAGAAAGACACCAGGGCCUGCAAGGGGCAUGGCGCCUCCUCCUCCCCCAUCAGCUUCCCCUUCUUUACAGAGCAGUAGGCCCCCACCUCCUGCCCGUGAUCCUCCAAGCCGUGGUGCAGCCCCUCCACCACCACCACCGCCCAUGAUCAGAAAUGGUGGGAGAGAUGCACCACCGCCUCCUCCCCCCUACAGAAUGCAUGGGUCUUCAGAUCCAACGAGCCGCGGGAAACCGCCCCCACCCCCCACCAGAACUCCAGUUGGACCACCCCCUCCACCCCCACCAAUGAGAAAUGGGCACCGAGACUCCAUCUCGACUGUUAGGUCUUUUUUGGAUGAUUUUGAAUCUAAAUACUCCUUUCAUCCAGUUGAAGACUUUCCAGCUCCAGAAGAGUUCAGGCAUUUCCAGAGAAUUUAUCCCAGUAAAACUAACAGAGCUACUCGCGGGGCUCCUCCUCUGCCUCCCAUUCCGAGGUGAAAAAUGGACAUCUUUGCACAGUACCGCGGAAAAUGGACCUGUGUUCUCAGAUUUCCCCCCUGCCUUCCAAUCCUUGAAAAAACCUGCAUGAAAAACACAUUCCUGCUAUAUUGAUCCCCUCCACCCUAAACGGUUGCAAAAGCCUGGACGAAUAUACCAUUACUCUCUUCCAUCUAUGCAUUUCACUCAAAAGGACAUCUGUUAUCACAGCUGGGUGAGAAGCGUAUUCUGCAGCUCCACAUUGCUUUCUCAUUUCCUCAGCUUGUCCUGUCAUGGAGGGAGGGCCCCCAGUUCAUUCACCAUUACUGUUCAAGAACAAGGGCACCAUAGAUAUUCUCCAGCAAAGAAAGUCAAAUAGAACUGUUUUGGAACUGUGGUCCAAGUUGAAGCACCCAUUUGUAGAUACUUGCAUAGCAUAAGCAAGGGGAAUUGACGAUAUAUUGGAUGCAGGUGGGGAGCUCUGAUUUUUACAAGAUGCAACAUUAAAAAUACUACAUAGCUAUUCUAUUUUUUAAAUGCAAACACUACAUACUAACACAUUAUUAUAACUUGAAGAAAGGAGGGAUGAAAAACAAGUAUCAGCAGCAUAUUUCAGAGCAAUCUUCUCAAUGAUGUAGCAGUAUCCUUCAUAGCACAAGAAAUACUUGGGAUGUUAGGCAAUUGCUCUGUUUUAAGCGGUAUUUUUGUCCUGCUGGUCUGGAGCCAUUGUCAUUCCCUGAAAGUCAAUUCUUCCAAAUGGCUGCUGGCACUCCAGUUGAAGCUGUCAUGACCCGUAAUCAUGUGUCUGUGCAUUGCAACAUAUACAGGCAUCAUGUAUGAAUAGAUUAUUACAUAUGGUGCCAUGCGUGCUAUAUAGAACUCUGGUUAGGGCUUGCAGAAGAGGAAAGGCAUACAGAAAACAUUGGUGGAUGGCCUAGUGUUGAUUACAGGCUGGAAGAGUGCAGCCAUAUAGUGUGCCCAGACAGUAAAUUUGUGGACUAGAUGGUGCAGCAGUGCAAGGCAAGAUGCACCUCACAUUGUUAUUUUAGGAUUUUGACAUAGACUGUUACGGUGACAGCUCUUUUCUUCAAGGAGAUCACAUCUCACGAAGAGAGGCACAGUUCUAUCUUACCUCUUUAUGUCAUUCUGGUGGCUCUGUUUUCAGUGUUCAUCCCUCCAUCAGCAAUCAUAUUUUGCCUUACCUUUUUUGUUUGGAGUGGCAAAUGAACAUUGGCUUGCUGCAUAUGCCACCAAGGUUAUCAAAUGGAGAAACAUUUGGCUUUAGUUUUGAACAGGCAAGUCCCUCCUGCUAUUACUGUGUUUGGUUAAAAAAUUAACUCUGAAAUGAUAAACCAGCUGUUCUAACUCAAAAGUAUUUACUAAUAGUUAAUAACCCAACCCAUCAAAGUUACUUUUAGAGGUCAGGGAUGCUAGAAAAAUGUCCCUUAUGAUUUGUUUCUUUUUGUCAGCUGUACAUCAGUAUAAACUUACAACAAUGUUCCAAAUUUAAUCUGGGUCUCUUGCAUUGUGGCUGUGAUCAGGAGAGGACUUCAUAGUGUUGGCCUUGUGUUUCAGGGCAGAAGAGAGCCUUUCCAUUUUUUUUCUCCUCUGCCUCUCUGUCUCCAUGGAUGUACAGCCUUCAGAGAAUUCACUGCUAGGCUGUUGACCAAUAGAAUGAAGUGCCCAGUCCAAGGUUGAGAACGACUAAUUUGGGCCUGGAGCUGAAGCAGUUUCACUUUCCUCUUACUCCUCUCCCAUUAAUAUUUUGUUCAAUUAUAACAUCAAUCCUAGCUGGCUAGUUGGUUAGGUUUUUGCCUUACACAGUACUUCUUUUAUGUGAUUGGUACCAGAUUUAUUAUAAUUGUGUGUAUUUACCUCUCGAAUAACAUGGGAAUAGGGAAAUACGUGUUAAAAUCAUAAAUAUUGAUCUAUUUUAUAUGUUGUAAAAAGUUUGUAGGCUUGCCAGCCAUACACUAUAAAAGUUCUUCACCUUCUGCUUUUAUUUUCCCCACCUUUUGAUGAUGGAAAUUCAUCUGUUUUUGUUUUGUUUUUUAGUUAAUGACCAGGCAGUCUCUCAUGUUGAGGGGCUAGUGCUUGGUUGGAGGCAUUUCUUCUUUUCUUCUGGAGGAAAAUUAAAUCUUACCUGGUAUACCUCACUGGGCAGAGAUGUUGAAUGCGCUAUGCAUUUGGGAUGGGGAUAGGGGUGUUUAAUUUUUUUUACUGUUACAUUCCUUGUAACAUUAGUUUUCCAGUAACUAAAACCUUUGUUUGGGAAGCAACUGUGAAGGGGGUUCCUAAGCUUGAAAUGGCAGUUGAAUGAAAAACGUAAUAAAAGAGGCACAUGUGUUGUACUUGCAUGUUUUGGGACAAAGUACUGCUUUAUUCCUCCAUUCCAUUUUUCCUCUUCUUGUAGGUUUGUUUGGUUUGUUCUGUCUGGCUGGGAGGGAUGUGUUUGCUUUUCUUGCUGAUCAAGAGUGUUUGUACAAAGGGAAGUUAAUGCACACAGACAUUUUCCAAUUUCACCCUUUCCCAAAAGCUCAGGGCAGGUUUAUACAGCAUUUCAAACAAAUAAACAAUGCUUAGACUGAUAACUACUAUUGAGAUGAUGUCACUUUGUUCUCACAAGUCAGAGGAAGACUCUGCCAAAAUGUGUUUGAGCUUAAAGAUUGUUGCCAUUCUUUGUGGUCAGAGACUCUGAGCCAGCCAGUAUAAUUAGAUUGAUACCACUUAAUUGUUUUCCCUUGGCCAUGCCAUUUCAGGUUGAGGGAGAAGGAAAUGAAUGCUUGAGGACUGACACCAUCUAAAAAGCUCUUCUUACUUAGAAUAACAGCCAGAAAAACAUACCAUUCUUGGUAUUAAAACACCUGUCCUGUUUUGUUAUCCGAAAUAGUAAUACAGGAUAAGCAUUUAUUUUUAUGAAUAUAUCUGAUCCUCUCUGAAUAAACCAAGGAAUGGCAUUCCAAGAUACUAAUUUUGUAGCACCUGAUAUAAUUCCUAUAGCUCAGUGGUUCUCAAUCUAGGAUUCCCAGGUGUUUUUGGCCUUCAAAUGAAGUGCCCAGUCCAAGGUUGAGUAAACUGGCUGGGAUUUCUGAGAGUAGUAGGCCAAAAUCAUUUGGGGACCCCAGGUUGAGAAUCACUGCUGUAGUUGCUCUGUUGAGAUUGUUUCUAGGCUUCAAGUUGGACUGUAACCUGGACAUACAUCUCAUAGAGCAAAACUUCCUGGUUUCAAAAAAGUUCUGCAGAUUUAGAUCCUUGGUCUAAACAGGCAUGAGCAAACUUCGGACCUCCAGGUAUUUUGGACUUCAGUUCCACAAUUCCUAACAGCAGGUAGGCUGUUGGUAAUUGUGGGUUUUGAAGUCCAAAACACCUGGAGGGCCGAAGUUUGCCCAUGCCUGAUCUAAAGGAUAAAAUUAAAAUAUCUACAAGCCUUUAGUUGUGGAAUGCCUCUAAGACAGACUGCAUUUUGAGAUGUACAAUUAGAGAACUGGCCACAAGUGGCUUUUAUUUGAUGCUGUGUGCAAUUGUAAACAAUGUUCUAAUGUGGUUCUGGGUACAAAUAUGCUCCCAGAGAGCAUAUCUAGCCCCUGUAUUAUAGAGAAAUUCUUGGAAACUCAAAUUGUAUUGGUGGUCCUCAGAAAGGAUUGCACAGUUCAUUCAUCUCAUGGUUAACAAAAGUAGAAUAAAUUGUUUGGAACAGUAAAUGCAAAAACAGAAUUAAUGUGAAAUCACAGAAACUGGCUUAAUUCAAAUGAUGCGCAGGCUACAGAAAUCCACAUUUCACGUGAUGAGGGUUAGAAAUACCCUGGUUCAGUUUUUUUUGUAGUGUGAGCUAUAUGUUGCAAUCCCAGUAGACAUGUGCUGCAAAUGAAUGGUGAAACAUCAAUGUGCCAGGGAACAGGUAUCUGGAGAAAAGUGUGUGUGUGAUUGAAUGGCAAGUUCUUCAAGUUUCACUCACUGUGCCUUACCCUUAAAAGAGGUGUGUGUGUGUGUGUGUGUGUGUGUGUGUGUGUGUGUGUGUGUUUUGGGACGGGAAUCACUUUCAACCUGCUGUCUCUCAUAAGCUUGUAUACACUGUAUUUGCUGACUUUGAUGCUUUUGUUUAUCACUAACAUCUUUGACUAGAGAAACACUAUUACUCAUGUGUCUCGAAGAACCAGAAUAUGGAUCACAUGCAACUAGGAACUCUCUUGAUAAGGUAUUUGGGAAGUUUUUGUCUUCUAAAUCUCUGUUAUGACAUCUUUUCUGCAGAUAAAAUGACCACAAAGAUUUUGUGCAAGCCUCAGUCCCACAAACUGAGCUACCAUCAUGAGCACAGAUGGUUUUCCUGUUGGGAUCCUUGUAUGAAUAAAGCACAUGAGUGGUUUUAUAGUCAUACCCCCUACCUAAUUUUUCCCCUUAGUGGCACCUGCAGAUUUCUUUUAAAGUUCAUUGUCAAUGGGUAUAAAUGUAAGAUGUGAGUGAACAGAAAAAGAUGCCUGCAGUUAGGCAGCAGUGAGUAGCUAUGUUGCAAAAAUCAAAGUUCACUGGUUACAGCUCUGAGCAAAAUAUGUAGAUUUUCAGAAUCUGCUUCUCUUCCUCCUGAGUCUAUAUACCUUUUAUCACAAUCUUAACUUUAACUUUAUUUCUAGCUAGCAAAUUACUAGCCUCAGUUGAUAUUACAACAAUGAUAUCUACAGAAAUCUCUAGAAAAUCUGGUUGAAGAGAGAAAAGAGGGGACUUAAUUUUCACUCCCUACCUACUAUGUUUGAUGGUGCCUCUUUUAUUGAUUCACUAUUUUGGAAAACACUGUACCUGACCCACAGUAAGUGAUGCUGUCUCUACUGAAAGUGUAACUACAUCCAUUGAUGCACAAUCGAAUCUAUGUCCAUGAUCUAAUAAAUUAAUCAAAUACAAA